UGACAGGUGCAUUCUUCUCCAUCACCUCGAUCUCCAGACCACCAGUUGCUCCUCCUUGCAUCCCGGGUGUGCAGCAUGAGCGCCGCGUGCAGCAGCUACCGCGGCGCGGACGGAGAGCUCGUGGAGGGCUUCUCGUGCCCCAGACCGGGCAAUGCCAUCGCUGCUCUGUUCUGCUGCGGAUUCAAUGACGUCAAGUAUUGCUGCGAUGAUCCCAACAGCUUUUUCCCCUAUGAGUACGGAUACAUGUGGUGGCUGAGUGUCGGUGCUCUGGUUGGUCUAUCCAUUGCAGCGGUGGUCCUUCUUGCCUUCCUCAUCACCGUAUGCGUCCUCUGCUACCUCUUUAUUGCAACCAAGCCGAGGCCUCUUGACAACGGCCUACCGCUCAGAGCGCCAGCAGCAGGAAAUCCGAGCGAGGGUUGCAGUGCUGUGAGAGCGACCUGUGCAUCCGGUCCGCAGGGAUUCAGAAAGCACUUCCUGAGCAGAAAGUUGGAUUGUGAUAACCAGCCGCCGGAUCCUGAGAUCCUGUUCCAGAGGUGUUUCACAACUCCAGCCAUGAAAGAGGGAAAUCCUUAAUAGGCCGCUGAAGACGUGGUGCUGUCGCACCGGAGAUCCAGGACGGUCAGGGGAAUCUGGAG